AUGUCCACUGCGACUGUUAACGGCGAGACACCUAAGUCCCGAGCGGCCAUGCUGGAGGAGCAGCAUGCCCGUGAAGAGGAGCAUAAGUUGACUGUAGAAAAUGCCGUGGGUGAAGAGGACGUCAAUCACUCCCCACCAUCAUCGCUUGUGCAAAGCGAGAAGCCCGACACUUCAUUGCAGACGGCAGCACUGGCUGCCGCUCCCUCGGCCCCCAAAACUGCCCCUAAGAAGGCACCUUCAUUCGAUGUUCAGUCCGAGGAAUUGUUCCCUGCUCUAGGAAGCGGCCCAAAGCCCAAGGCUCCGGCUACUUCUGCCUGGGGUGCUAAAGGGCCUUCAGCUGCCGCCAUCGCUAAUGGUGCCCUCAGCGGCUUGCAAUCAGCUCCAGGUUCUGACGUCCCUCGGAUCAUGAGUCUUCCUGGGAAGCACAUGGAGCAACUUCGGCUUGUUCCGUCCCAGAUGCUUCCACGAGGACAACUGAAGAAGCCCCUCAGGGAUAUUUUGCGCGACAUCUCCAAGCGUUCCAAGGCCAAUGUUGACAUGCGCGGUGGACCGGGGGGUUCCAUAAUUUUUGAGGGCAAGGGCUCUGUAGAUGCUGUGAGACAAGCCCUCAAAGAAGUGGCUCAGCAGGUCGGAUCCAAGCAAUCGGUUCGUGUUCCGAUCCCUACAUCUGCACGGCCUCAUAUCAUUGGUCGGCAAGGAACGGUUGUUCAGGACAUCCAGCAGCGGACGGGUGCUCGCGUACAAGUUCCGCGCGCUGAAGAGUUUGGUGCAGGAGAGGAUGAGGGUGACAGUGACACUAUCGAUGUCCUUAUUGAAGGUGAUGCUGUCGCUGCUGAAAUGGCCCGCCGAGAGAUCGAGGCUAUUGUGAAAGAGCGAGCUUCAAACAUGACCCUACGACUGAAAUCAAUUCCUCCUGAAUUUUUCCCCUUCAUCGCGGGUGCUCACAACGCCACAGUCCGAGACAUCGAGGAGCGUACCAAAGCCCAGAUCCAUGUCCCUCGGUAUGAUACCUGGCAAAGUCAGCCUCCGCCCCCGGAAGCUGAACCUGGCCAUGUCCAAUUCGUACCGAUUCCCGAGAAGAAUAUCCAUAUCUCUGGGGAGCGCGCUGCUGCGCAGGAGGCUCGUGCUGAGGUUGAGAGACUUGCUGCGGACCUCCAGCGCCGAUUGGCACUUCGACAGUUGGCGAUCAAUCGCGGUCAGCAUCAGUUCAUCCUUGGCGAUAACGCUGAUGCGUUGCACGAAUUUCUUGCCGAAACUGGUUGUGCAAUCGUUCUACCUCCUCCUUCUGAUGAGAGUGAAUUCCUCACUGUCACCGGUCCGUUGGAGCAUAUUGAAAGUGGUAUCAAUCGGGCGAUGGACCUUGCCACUAGCAUGCAGAUGGCAAGCAUCGAUUUGUCUCGUCAACACCUGAAUGCUCCGGGUGGAGCUCAUGCCCAUGCCCGUGCCCUUACCAGGUAUCUGAGACAUCGACAAAUUAUCAAGGAGCUUGAAGACAUGUACGAUGCUCGUAUCGCGCUCCCGCCAAGUUCUGACGGACCGGUAACGUGGGAAGUGUAUUCGAGGGAUGGAAAGAACACUAUCCGUGCUCGAUCGGAUAUUAUGAACAUUGUUCAAGCUCAUCCCCCCUCCAGGAUUCGCUAUCUUUCCAUUGAUCCCUACUUCCACCCGUAUCUGCGUUCUCGUAGCAUUGCUAAGAUGCAGAAUGAUUAUGGUGUUCUUCUUCUUGUCCCGGAAGAAAUAGAUAGCCCAGAUGUCAUUCUUGUCUAUGAGGGCCCAUCGGCUUCCACCUCACAGUUUGAAGUGUCGCGACAGCGACCAUCCACGGGUGAGCUUGCCAUGUUUGAGAAGACUCUCCAAGAGGCCCAAUCCUAUCUCCUAAAUGCCUUGGGUGACCAAAGUGAUGUUGUGGCCAAAUCUGUCAAUGUGCCAGGCAAGUACCAGGAGAAGGUGCGAAAGUUCAUUGCUCGUGACCAGCAGGCCAAACGAGAGGAUCAGAUCCCUGUCCGGACCAUUGUCAGUGACGCCAGAGGAGCCCGUGGUGGUGGUACACCUUCUCAAUGUGAGGUUUCCUUGCGCGGCCCUUCUCGCACUGUAGAAGACUUGGUUUCAACCUUGCAAGCAUUUAUUGCGGAGCAGGAGAAGGAUGAUCUCGAGCGUGGCUAUACCACGUCGUUUGACUUCCCCCAGAAAUUUGCCAACUUCCUGAUUGGGAAGAGGGGUGAAAAUAUCAACAAGCUCCGCGAGGAAUUUGAUGUUGACAUUAAGGUGGAAAAUGGGAAGGUUGAGGUGAAAGGACCCAAGGCUAAAGCUGAUGCCGCCAAGUCUAGAAUCAUCAACUUGGGGAAGAAGCUGGAAGACGAGACCACUCAUAUUCUGAAGAUCCCUGCCCAGUACCACCGUGAAUUGAUUGGACAGAAGGGAAGCCAGGUCAACAGACUCCAAGAUCGAUAUGCUGUUCGCGUUCAAUUUCCUCGGGCUGCUGUUGUUGCUGACGACCAGUCUGUUGGGGAGACAUCUAGCGAAGCGGGAGGCUCUCGUCCCAGCCGCUCCCAACAAGGAGCUGACGAGGUGCUUGUGAAGGGCCCCAGCAAGGGUGCUGACUCUGCACGAGAUGAGAUUCUGAGCCUAUUGCAGUGGGUUGUCGACCAUUCUUUCUCGGCGUCGGUUUCUGUGGCUCAGUCCCAAAUCCCGUCCCUGAUUGGCCAGCGUGGUCGAGAGAUGGAUAAACUUCGGGCUGAUACGGGAGCGCAAAUUGACGUACCUGGGGUGAAUGAUGCGCCAGAUGCCUCGGGUCGUGUUCAGAUCAGGAUCAAGGGCACGAAGACGCAGGUUGAGGAAGCAAAGAAGAUCUUGCAACAGCGCUCUAGUGAAUUCGAUUCGAUUAUCACCAAGACGAUUGAGGUUGAUAAGAAGUAUCACAAGUCUUUGAUUGGUGGUGGAGGUGCGAACAUUCGUAAGAUCGUAGCCGAUGCUGGUGGCCCUACUGAUGGAAGUGCCUCUCGAGUCGUCAAAUUCCCUCGCCCGGAGAGCAGCGAUGCUGCUAUCAGGCUCGAAGGCGACAGCCAGGUUGUGGAAAAAAUCAUCUCUGCCAUUGAAGAAUUUGUCAAGGAGCGUGCAGAUCAGGUCACCGCCAACAUUGACGUUCCUCAGGUGCAGCACCGACUACUUAUUGGCCGUGGCGGUGACACCCGACGUGGGAUUGAAUCGAAGUUUUACGUCACAUUGGAUAUUCCCAAGCAAGGCUCCGGACGCACUGAUAUCAAGAUCAAGGGUCCUAGCAAUGCCGUUGAAGAGGCGAAAGAGCAUAUCCUCACAAUGCUCAAGGAUCAACAGGGUGACACGGUUGAAGUUCCCCGGCACCUGCACCAUGCUAUUGCUGAAAACGGUUCUUUCUUCCGUCGUCUUCGCAAUGAUUACCGCGUAACUGUUGAUCAUGCUGGCCAGCAGGUGCCACCCAAGCCUGCCUCGGAAGACUCGCGCGCCACGGUCAAUGGUGCCUCAGCACUCCCACUGAUCACCGAUGAACCUAGCGAAGCUAUCGAGACUCACUCGUGGAAGGUCGUUGACAACAGCCCUGCUAUUGUGGACCCUACGCAGCCGGCCACUAUCCCAUGGGUGCUAGCUGGAACCAGUGACAAUGUCACGAAAGCCAGGUCGGCCCUGGAGAAGGCGAUUGCUAGUGCAUCCCAGCAGUCAGCGACUGGAUAUUUGAUCUUGCCUGAUCCGAAAACCUACCGCUUCGUUGUUGGGCAAGGUGGAAGCCAGAUCAACGCUAUCCGGAAACAGACCGGUUGCCGGAUCAAUGUACCCAAGGAUCAGGCCAAGGGCGAAGCGAUUGAGAUCAAAGGAGGCAAAGAAAAUCUAGAAGAAGCCAAGGACAUGAUCCUAGAAGCCGUGCGUGUUGGGCUGGAGGGUAACUCGAGGUAA